CUGGGCGGCCGAGCGCAGACCCCCACCCGGACCAAGAUGACAAGCUGCGGCCUCCUGAACAGUUCCAACAAGCCAGUGCCCCUGCACAGCGGCUCAGUGACGGUGCUGAUCCGAGGCUUCGUGGCUGACGUGGGCUGCGAGCUGCUCUACAGGAACGAUGAGCCGGUGCCCGUGGAGGCCAUGUUCGUGUUCCCCAUGGACGCCGAGGCAUCCAUCUACGCCUUCCAGGCUCGCCUGGGGGGUGUCUGCAUUGAGGCCCAGCUCCGCGAGAAGAAACAGGCGCAGGAGCUGUACGGGGACGCGCUGGCCGGGGGGCAGAGCUCGUUCCUGCUGCAGCAGGAGGGGGCUGGGGGCGACGUUUUCAGCUGCUCCCUGGGGAACCUGCCCCCCGGGGAGGAGGCGGCGCUGACCCUGCGUUACGUCUGUGAGCUGCCGCUGGAGCCUGAUGGGGCCGCCCGCUACAUGCUGCCGGCCGUGCUGCGUCCCCGCUACACGCCUGAUGGGUGGGACGGGGAGGAUGUCACCCAGGGCGUCCCGCGAGUCCCCCAGGGGAAGGUGCCCUACACCCUGAGCCUGAGUGCCACGCUGCAGUCGCCCCACGGCAUCGACCGUGUGCUCUCCAACUGCUCCCUCUCCCCCCUGAGCUACACAGCCAGGAACCGAACCACCGCCCAGGUGUCAUUGGCCGAGGCCCCCCCAUGGGACCGAGACGUGGAGCUGCUGGUGUAUUACGCAGAGCCGCACAAACCUAGCGCGGUGCUGGAGGUCGGGUUGCCCGGAGCAGAGCCAGGCUCCCUGAUGGGCGACCCGGCCUUAAUGGUGACCCUGCUGCCCAGCCUGCCCGAGGUGGUGCCAGGCCAGAGCCCGGCCGGGGAGUUCAUCUUUUUGCUGGACCGCUCCGGCAGCAUGGAGUGCCCCCUGGACGGCCGAGACCACUCCCCACAGCGCAUCGACAGCGCCAAGGAGACCCUGGUCCUGCUGUUGAAGAGUUUGCCCCUGGGCUGUUAUUUCAACAUCUACGGCUUUGGGUCUCAGUUCGAGUCCUUCUACCCGCAGAGUGUGGGAUACACCCAGCAGACCAUGGCCGAGUCCCUGCAGUGGGUCCAGCAGCUCCAGGCUGACUUGGGGGGCACCGAGAUCUUGGCACCACUACGAGCCAUUUACCGCAGCCCCUGCCGAGACGGGCACCCACGCCAGCUGUUCGUGUUCACGGACGGGGAGGUGGUGAACACCCAGGAGGUUAUCACCGAGGUGCAGCAUCACCGGGGGGCGCACAGGUGCUUCUCCUUCGGCAUUGGGGAAGGGGCCUCCACGGCUCUGGUCAAAGGCAUCGCCCGGGCAGCAGGGGGCAGCGCCGAGUUCAUCACGGGCCAGGACCGUAUGCAGCCCAAGGACCCAGGUGUCCCAGCCCCACCCUGGGUGUAUCGGUCUCUCCCCCAGGCACUGCAGUCUCUGAAGCGGGCCCUGCAGCCGGCCGGGACCGGGAUCUCGCUGAGCUGGGAUCUGCCCCCCGGGAUGGAGGCGGAGCUGCUGGGCCGGGGCCCUGAGGUGAUCUUCCGUGGGCAGCGGUGCCUCAUCUACGCCCAGCUCCGCGGGAAGCCCCAGGUCUCUGCACUAGCCUGGCUGCAUUGAUCUCAGAGCAGAUCU